AUGAGUGUACAUAGGCAGAUUCUUGUGGCUCAUAGGGGAUUUUUUGCUCUGAAAUUGAAUGAGAAGUGGAUUAAGCAGCAGAGGAGCUCUGGGCCGUACGAUGUGGAGAUUGUUGAUUGCGAUGACAUAGAGGUUUACAUUGAGACUCUCGGGUUGAUGUAUUGUAAGGACAUGAGGAAAAAACUCAUGAAAGAGAAUGUCCUUCGAGUCCUUGGAAUUCUUAAGGUUUCUGCAGCAAUUGGGUUUGAUGCGGGUGUGUUGUCUUGUUUGGAGUACUUGGAGGCUACUCCAUGGGCCGAAGAUGAGGAAGAGAAGGUAGUUUCGCUGUUAUUGGAGCUUCGGCUUGAAGGGAUUAACCCAGGGGAAGUUCUGAAGAGGGUUUUUCUUGAUGUCACAUCAGGUGUUGAUGAUAGGAGUGACAAUGAAGUGCUUAUCAAGCUAUUGCAGGUCAUUAUCGAAGGAAAAGAUGAGAAGGCGAGGAGAGAGAUGAAAGUUCUAGUAACCAAGAUGUUACGUGAGAACUCAUCGCAUAAUGAUUUGAGGAAGGAGUCGUCGUACUCAGCUUGCAAUGGGUGUUUGCAGCUGCUCCGCCUUCAUUUUCUACAGGCAGCAGAAGCUGACAUGCAGAAUAUUGGUCAAAUAGCACGGCAGGCAGAUAAUUUGCACUGGCGAUUAGAUAUUCUGAUUGAUAGACAGAUUGGUGAGGAUUUUUUGAAGACAUGGGCGUCUCAGUCUGAAUUGUCUAAAGCACAUUCUAAAGUACCAGUGAUCCAUAGAUACGAGGUUAGCAGAGUUACAGCUAGGUUGUUUGUUGGAAUUGGGAAGGGACAGCUAUUGGCAUCCAAAGAUGCCAGGUGUGCGCUUUUGCAGACAUGGUUGGUACCAUUUUACAAGGAUUUUGGAUGGAUGAGGAGGGCGUCGAAAGGUCUUGACAAGCAUUUAAUUGAGGAUGGUCUUAGCAACACUACACUGACUUUGCCUCUGGCCUGGCAGCAGGAAAUUUUAAUGUCAUGGUUUGAUCGAUUUCUAAAUUCAGGCGACGAUUGUCCCAAUAUCCAGAGAGGCUUUGAAGUUUGGUGGAGAAGGGUAUUCUGGAGGUGUAAUGCUGAGCCUGAGAGGCCUCGUCAAAUACAGAUAAUGACUGCCACAAUAGAAAACUCGUGA